GCGGGAAGCGGAAGUGGCCGUUGGGCUGUGGCGGCGGCGGCAGAUUUGGUCUGAGCCCGGGAGCGGCUGAGGGGGCGGCAGGGAGGCCGGGUCCCGCGGCGGAGGGCGCGGCAGGAGAAUAUACUAUAUUACAUUUAUUUCAUAAUCUGAAAGAAGAAUAGCAUUUGGAAUAAUGGCAACAGGAGACCUAAAAGGAAGUAUAAGAAAAAUAGAACAAGGACUUCGCCUGUUAAAUUAUCCAAGAGAUGUGGAUUACACAGUGUUAGUAAAGGGUGACCCAGCUGCAUUUUUACCCAUCAUCAGCUAUUGUUUUACAUCCUUUUCCACUCACAUAGCAGAGCUUUUGGUGAAGUGCGACGUGGAACUCACAGCAAAGAGUGACUUGCGUUUUGUUGAAGCUAUUUAUAAGCUGCUUCGAGAUCAAUUUCAAUAUAAACCAGUUUUAACAAAACAGCAGUUCCUUCAGUUUGGCUUUGCAGAAAGAAAAAUGCAGAUUGUUUGCGACAUCAUCAACUGUGUGGUGAAAAAGCAUAAGGAAUUAAGUAACUCGAAUAAGGUUAAAUCCCAAACAAGGAAAAAACUCAGAUGUUUUAAAUGUGAAGUAUGGUCAAAUUGUGAGGAUGUGCUUGCUGUUCCUAGCAGCAGCGCUCUGAAUUCCAAACAGAAGCCUCAGGUGGAGCGGCACACAGGAAAUGAAGUUAGUGUUGACCUGCAUCCACUCCCCCUUCCAGCACAGGGAGGUGAUAAAGAGGAAUCGUUCCUGGAUCAUGAUGUUGUGGAAGUUCAAGGCAAACAAGUCAUAGAAGAUAAUUCUGAGGUGGAGUUCCUCAAGAGCCAGCUUGCUGAUUGCCAGGAGAAGCUUCAGAAGCUGGACUGGGUGGAAGACAAACUGCAUAGUUUGGAAGAGAAACUGAAAGGGAAGGUGAUCAUCGAUGAGAAGGACUGGAAUAACUUGUUGAGUCGAGUUUUGCUUCUCGAAACACAACUGUUGUUGCAAUCCAAAAAGAGAGACUUCCCUACAGACUUCACAAAUAUAAGCCAAGAAUGUACUUCUAGUAGGAUUCCAGUUUCUCCUGAGAGAGGAGGGAGGAGAAGCCCGAGAGGCUCCAGCAGCCGCCUGGAUGCAGCUCGCCCUUACCCACAGACCCAUCUCCUGGAGCCACCACCCUCCAUUCUCCUGACCUGACAGACCUUCCAAAGGAGACAACAAGGCAAAGAAUGGAAAGGAUAAGGAAAAUGUAAGUAAUGGGAAAGGGCAGGAGGAAUUCCUUUCCCGGGAGGGAGCUGUGCUGGACUGAGGCACAGAGAGAUCCUACAUCUGUGUUCCAAACCUCAAAGGUCUCUGCCUCAGGUGUGGCAUUUCCUUAUGACCCCCAUGGAUAAUAAAUCCACCUACAGCCCUGUGUUUGUGGGAUGAGUCACUGUUUUGGUUUCUAAAAAGCAAUAGAAAGCCUUCUUAAUAGUAUUAACUGGAGAUUAAAGAGUGUUUAGAAUCUGCUUGACAAGGAAUAGGAAUAUUAUUUAUCUUCUGGUAGGAAUUCCCUGCACCUUCUCUUCCUGAAAAAUAACUACAAGGUCUUAACUCUGUUUUUUAUUAUUUAAGGAAAAGUAAAAGCAAUUUCAGCCCAAGCAUUGCGAUAACUGUGUUAAUGUAUAUUUGAUACUAGUCCUGAGAUGUGUAAUGACAUUAUCUUUAGUAAGAAAAUUUUUUUUUUUACACUUGAGGAGAAAAAUAUUGCUGUAUAAUAUUUCUUUAGCAGGAGAUUUCUUUUCUCUAAGUGCCUGGCCUGGGGAAAAAAAAAAAAGCUGUAGCCAUUUUUUGUGAUUUAAUGUUAUUGUAUGGGUUACUUCUUUCUUUAUGUAAACUUAAAAUUUAUGGAGCUGUGGUAGGCAUUUAAAUUCCAACCAAUUGCAGAGGAGGGAUGAAGAAACUUAAGGUUUGUGUUGCUUGUUAGUAUUUCGGGUUCAUUAGAAAGUUAAAGGUGAGUUAUUUUUUACCGUAUUUUGGUAAGUGUGUGUGUAAACAAAAUUUAUUUUCAGAAUUGAAGAAACCUCAGAAUUGUUGAAAACAUCAAGCAACACCUCUGAGAAGACCUGAAAGGCCCAGUCUUCAGACCUCCUCUCUGGAGACUUUACGGAUAUCAAAACUAAUAUGUGUGUUUGUACAGCAUUAAUUUUUUAAUAUAUAGAAUUUGUAAUCAUGGCCAGUUCUUUUAUUCCUUUGAAUAAAUAUUUUCUAAUGCG